AUGGCGACGAUUAACAAUAUGUCGACCAUGUGUAGGGAUCAUCGAAUUUUGUCUUCGUCGAGUAAAUUGAGUGAUGUGUUUAUGUUGGAAUCAAGGCUUAGAAAGAGAUGCUUCUUUGAAAAUUCCAACUUUACAGUUAGAUCCAUGAAAGUCAGGGAGCAGAACCAGACGGCAAACCUGGUCUCUUCUAACGGUCCUUUAACUGCCUCUUUUAUCUAUUUUAACUAUUUUGAUGCAGGCUGCAGUGCUGAAAUUCAUGUGAUUGUAAAAAUUGAAAGUGCUGACUCCAUACCAAAUCUUCAUUCAAUAAUUUCCGCAUCUGACGGGGCAAUGGUUGCUCGUGGAGACCUUGGUGCUGAACUUCCAAUAGAGGAAGUCCCUUUAUUGCAGGAAGACAUCAUUAGAAGGUGUCACAGUAUGCAGAAACCAGUUAUUGUAGCAACAAACAUGCUGGAAAGCAUGAUUGGUCAUCCUACACCAACAAGGGCCGAGGUUUCAGAUAUAGCAAUUGCAGUACGUGAAGGUGCUGAUGCAGUCAUGCUUUCAGGGGAAACUGCCCAUGGAAA